CCUUGGCUCUAGAGUUCCCCGACGGCCGCCGGGAGUGGGACGACCGAGCGACUUGAGCGCAGGCUGUGCGGUCGGACGGUGACUGGGGCGCGAGCCGGCGACGCUGGGCUUACAGCACUGAGCAAAAAAAAGAGGCAGCAGGGAGCUCCAGGACCUGCAGGAUGGGGUCAGCCUGUAUCAAAAUCACCAAAUACUUUCUCUUCCUCUUCAAUUUGCUCUUCUUUAUCCUGGGUGCAGUGAUCCUGGGCUUCGGGGUGUGGAUCCUGGCCGACAGGAGCAGUUUCAUCUCUGUCCUGCAGACCUCCAGCUCGCUCCAGGCUGGGGCCUAUGUCUUCAUUGGCGUGGGGGCCGUCACCAUGCUCAUGGGCUUCCUGGGCUGCAUCGGCGCCAUCAAGGAGGUCCGCUGCCUGCUGGGGCUGUACUUUGUCUUCCUCCUCCUGAUCCUCAUCGCCCAGGUGGCUGCUGGGGCCCUCUUCUACUUGAACAUGGGUGAGGUGAAGCAAGAGAUGGACAACAUCGUGGCCAAGCUUAUUCAGAGCUACAAGGACAAUCACGAGGACAGAUUGCAGGAGGCCUGGGACUAUGUGCAGGCUCAGGUGAAGUGCUGCGGCUGGGCCAGCUUCCACAACUGGUCACACAACGUGGAGCUCAUGAAUCGCACCAAUAUCACCUACCCAUGUUCCUGUGAGGACAAGGGGGAUGAGGACGCCAGCCUCCCAGUGAGGAAGGGCUUCUGCGAGGCCCCCCGUGGCAACAGAACCCAGACUGGCAACAACCUGGAUGACUGGCCUGUGUACAACGAGGGCUGCAUGGAGAAGGUGCAGGCUUGGCUGCAGGAGAAUGUGGGCAUCAUCCUAGGCGUGUGUGUGGGCGUCGCUGUGAUUGAGCUCCUAGGGAUGCUCCUGUCCAUCUGCUUGUGCCGGCACAUCCACUCUGAAGACUACAGCAAGGUCCCCAAGUACUGAGGCAGCUGCUGUCCCUACUCCGUGCCCACCCCUCAACCACCGGCCUCCUAGGGGUCUUCCUGGCUCCCUCCUCCAGGCCCACCUUCCAGCUUACUACCCCUUUCCCAUCCUGUGCUGGCUGGAAGUGGGGGGCUUUCUGGGGCCUGGACCCCUCUCCCUGCCUUUCUGCCUCCAACCUUGAGCCCCAGCUGUUUGGUGGCUCCUCCGCUCACUGCCCACCUGGGCUCUCUUAGCAACUCAGACAAAACACUGUCUGCAGCAUCCCUGCACAGGUGGGCUGGGCUCUACCUGCCUUGGAGGCUGUAUAUAUUGCAGGGGGGCAAAGUGUAUUAAAAAUGGGUGGGAGGUUGGAUAAGGCACCCUGCACUUUCAGGGGACUGCCCACUGCGUGGGUAAACUUUUUUUCCAUUUAAUGCAUAUAUCUUUGGUUUUCAGAUUUUCAUUGAAGGUAGUGGGAGAGGGUGGGCUUCACCUGACAUUAGAGCAGCCCCUCUUCCCCAGACCUGAUCCAGCCCCAGCAAGGCAGCUCAGAUAGGCCUAGGCUAUGCCGUGGGGGCAGGGCCUAGGUAAGCUGGGUCUGAACUAGCCCUGGGUUGCUUAGGGGAUCAGAAGAGUGAACCCCUGAAGCAUGGCACAGAGCUGGCCGGACAUUUUCCAGGACCCUGAACUGUCCAGCAUGUUUUCUCCUGAGAGAAGCUUGGCUGGUUUGACCUGUGCCCCCUAGGGGAUGGGCAGGUGAGGGCUGUGCCUUUUAGGGAAGUGGGGAGGGGCUCCGUCAGUUCUGUGAAACAUGCUCCAAGAUUUGAUGACUGACUAUUAAAGAGGAUCUGUAACAAUCCA